AGGUCUCCUGCAGUCCUGGCCAUAACGGUCCAAGUCUGGUCGAUGACGUUGCACCCCUGCCAGCCAAUAACGUGAACGGUAAACAGUGCGUGUGCAGCUGUCACAAAGCCUGCCCACCUCGCGACCCUCCGGCAGCCGUCAGCAGACCUGAAUUAAAAGUCACUUGCAUUACCAUAGGUACAAUUUAUUUCUUUGUCACGUGACAGCAUAGCUGGUUAAGGUGAUAUAAUCCAGAAGCGUCUUCAGCUACAAUGACAGAUCAAGUGAAGGAGCUCGUUUCAAAGUGCCUGCAGGCUCGGGACAAGGCUUACUGUCCAUACAGCCGCUUCCCUGUCGGUGCGGCCGUGUUGACAGCAGAUGGCGCCAUAUUCACAGGCUGCAAUGUGGAGAAUGCAUCUUACGGACUGACGGUGUGUGCCGAGCGGACUGCCAUCCAGAGAGCUGUGGUGGAGGGCCACAGACAAUUCCGCGCCAUCGCCGUGACAUGUGACAUCAAAGACCGCUUUGUUGGACCAUGCGGAGCGUGCCGACAGGUCCUCUUGGAGUUUGGAUCAGACUGGACUGUAUACUUGACCAAGCCGGACGGCUCUUACAAAGAAACCAGCCUCAAUGAACUGUUGCCUUUAGCCUUUUCCCCAUCACAUCUAGCUAAGAACUGAUGAAACCUCAGCGAGAUCCUUCUUUGGCUGAUCUUACAGUGACAUGGCAAAAUUAAGGAAUUAAAUAAAUAAAAGUAAUAUACUCUGUAGACUUCUAUCACCUUUGAAGUUGUUUUACGAUAAAUAAAUAUAAAUGUGAUGCCAAGCUUCCCAUAAACAAUAAAGCUUACUGUUUUAAGCGUC